AUGGUGUUCUUCUUCACGUGUGUUGAUCCCACGUACACAGUCUACAUGGGUAGGGAUAAAUAUGAAAACGAAGAUCUGAUCAAGUAUUCGUGGCCCGAGGACGUUUGGUUUCACGUUGAUAACUUCAGUUCUGCUCACGUCUAUUUGAGAUUAAAGCCUGGCCAAACUAUCAACGAUAUUCCGAAGGAAGUUAUUGAAGAUUUAGCACAAUUAACAAAAUAUAAUUCAAUUCAAGGAAAGAAAGAACAACAAGUUAAAGUCAUUUACACAAUGGCAUCAAAUUUAAAAAAGACUGGAGAUAUGGAUACAGGAGAGAAUAAGGAAAUUGUGAAUAGAUUAAACAAAACUCAAGUUGAAAAGGAAGUGGAUCUUGAAAAAGAGAAAGCUAAUAGAGACAAGAACGAAAGAGAAAAACAAAAACUCCAAGCGAAAGAACGAGCAAAAAAAGAAAAAGAAGAAUAUGAAAGAAGGAAAAAAGAAGCUGAAGAAAAGUCAUAUGACAACCUCUUCGUUAAAAAGAAUCGAAAUCCACAUGCCAAUGACGACUUUUUUGGUGAUGGACAAGAUGACGAAAGCGAAAACAAAAAUCUUGAUGAUUUGUUCUAG